GAGAGAUAAAGACGAUAGAUGUUUGAUAGGAAAGAAGAAGCAAACCACACCAGAACACUCGCCGACCACCCACUCACUGUUCUAUGCUUGGCCAACUCUGCAGCUCUUUCAACAAGGAUAUUUGAACAGGAAUUAGACUUAGGGUAGAGCAGAGGGAAAGAGGAGAAAGGGGGAACAUUUUUCGUCGCUGUCAGGUUUUGAACCCGGGACCUACUGAAUGAGAGGCAAAUACCGUGCCACAAGACCACGAGAGCUCACAGACAAAGAGUGAGAAAUAACAAUUACAUAUGUAUGUACAUAUAUGUAUUCUUAUUUUUACUCUGGCUAAAAAUAAAAAUAAAUAAAUUAAUAAAUAAAUAAGGGGAAUGAACUCAUACAAUAUCGAUUUAAGAGAAUAAUACAGGAUUAUCUCUACUUUGUGUUGUUUUUACUCGGCCUAUAUUCUUGUCAUUGCAAUUAAUUUGUUCACGUCUCUUGGUUAACCAAAUCUUAGCUAGCAUUCAAUGUCUUUUGUAUACACCCCUCCCCACCCAUUUUAUAAUCAGCCAAAUUUCGCUUUUAAGUGUGCCAUUGAACCAUUCCCAGCAAUACAUUGCAAGUUUGAAGGUGAACUUUUGAACUUUCACCUUCACGAUGAGGUCAUUAUCGUUGAUUAUGCCCUUAUCAUUUUGGAAAAGAAAUAAUAGCCUAGAUCUAGAUCUACUAAUUUAACACAGCAAACAGAGACGUUGACGAUAAAAAGAUAUUUUUUCUUGUUGAAAGAUUCCAUUGUAAGGAUCCUUGGCCUUGGUGUAAAAGGCUGGUACUGAUAGUAUUAAUUAGGACUAGGUCGUCCAACAUUUCUUCUGACGAGAUUUUUUUUCUUACACGUACCCGUGUAACUAGAUCUGGCUAACACUUUACGUAAAUAGAGAAGACAUGAAGGUACCCGGAAAUGAACUGUUCCAAAACGAUCGAAUGACUGAGACCUAAAUUAGACCUCAUUAAAAUAUUAUCAAAAUAUUCCAAAGUCCAAUUUGUAAUGAUGUAGUCGAUACCUGUUUGACGGCCGAUACAAGGUGAUGUUUGAGUGCUGGGAACUGCACACUACACCCUCACCAGCGAGUUGACAGACGACAGUACAAGACAGCACAGGUUAACCGCUGAGGGAAUUGUGUAGCGUGGGAUUAUGACAGACGCGACAUCAUGCUCAGACCCUGCCGCGGAGGACUUGCUCGUCGCUCGGGUCGGGGCCGCUCAGUUUAUCACACUCAACAGGCAGAAAGCUCUCAACGCUCUCAACCUACGCAUGAUCAGACGCCUGACUCCUCAGCUCACGUGCUGGGAGAAAGAAUCGUCCACAAACAUCGUGGUUCUGAAAGCCGCCGGUGACAAAGCUUUCUGCUCCGGGGGAGAUCUCAAAUCAAUAUACCAUUCCCAUCAAGAAGGUGGUCAUUAUGCCCAACAUUUCUUCUACGAAGAGUUCAGCCUCAACUCAAUUAUAGGUUAUUACAAAAAGCCUUUGGUGUCGUUACUAAAUGGGAUUACUUUUGGUGGGGUGAGUAUUGCUGUACUUUUGAAGGCAAGCAAAGCCUUGGUCGGUUGUUGGUUUAUUCUGCCGUUUAUUUGUUUGUUGUUUGUUUGUUUGUUUGUUUGCUUGUUGUUUUUCUUCUAUAUAUGUAUGUGUUUUUAGGCCCCCAUUGACACAUGGUAGAUCAGGAAAGGGGCUGGCUUCCCUGUCCUUCCUGUCAGCUACAGUCUAGGCUAAGAGAGAUGAAACAUCCCAGCAGAAAGACCGAGAUACUCGAUGAAAAUUCUCCCGACUCUGGGAACAGGGUAGGGAAAUGCUUCCUACGAAAGAUUCUUCUUCUUCUUCUAUCGCGUGGCUGGGGCAACGGUGGGGUCACCACUGCACCUGACAACCAGCUCUCGCCAUUUAUCUUAUCUUUGUCCUCUGCUUUCUUCAGAUUGUCACCCAUAGUCUUCCC